GACCAACAACGACGGAAAUAUCUCGUCUGCUUCAAAUGUAUUCGACAGUAGUAUGAAAAAAUCAAAACAUUUUAUAUUUUCUAAACUCACGAAUAAAAUACUUUUUUAAAUAGUUCUACGCACUAAAUAUGUUAACAAUUUUGGUGUUCUUCACGCAUCCAUCGUUCUAAUUUGUUUCUUGAACACGUUAAUAUCAGUAUGGACACGCAAAAACCGGUGUGUUCUUAUGGGGUUUCGUGUUUUAGAAAAAACCCUUUCCACUUCAAACAGCUGUCACAUCCUCAAUUCGAAAAACUUUUGUCCAAAAUAUCCGGAAAUGAUAUUGUUCUUCCUGAAAAAUUGGAAUUCGAAUGCGGUAAUCGAGCCCUGUUACAAGAACAAUUGGAAAUUCUUCGUACGAUAGUGCAAAAUGAAAGUAUCGAAAAAUCAUCACCAAACGGUUCAGGGGAGAGAAAAGUCAAUGCAUCUGAAAAUAAGUCAGACCUAAAACGAAAGAAAAGCACCCCAGAGACUUCCAACACUUCAUAUACUUCAUAUAAUGAAAAAAGGCACAAAGACGAUCAACAAGGAACAUCAAACUCAAAGCAGCCUGCAGGCAGUGCAAAAUCAUCGGAAGAUAUGUCAGACGAAAAGAGAUUGAGAAUGAGAGAAGCUGUGCUGCGAAAGAUGAGAGAAUGUGGAUCGGAACCAGAAUAUAUUGCACCGAUAGGAGAUUUUGGUUUAAAGUGGAUACUGGCUGCGCCGUAUCAUAUGUUUUUCACAGCAGUGCCAAAGACCCGCGCGACUUGGACACAGAGUUUGAGUGUAACGUUGUCGGAAGUUCUAGACAGGAGCUUGGGCGACAUUGUUCAGAGUUUACACAUGAAUAUGGUAGUUGAUUUCGGAUGGCUUGUGGCUCAAUAUAUGCUCGCAGGUCAGAGUCACAGACCCAAAAUGACGGUGUUUUAUAACCAGUGCACGGAUGACAUAGAGUUGCCUGAUAACAUCGAAGCUCAUGUCAUAAAAUGUCCUACGAAUUUUGGGACUCAUCAUUGCAAAGUCUCGAUAUUUCAGUACCAAGAUUUUGGCAUAAGGAUCAUCGUUUCCAGCGCCAAUCUUUAUCGCGAUGAUUGGGAAUUCAGAACACAAGGUUUAUGGAUAUCUCCGCAUUUGCCGCGAAUGGCUGAUUCGGCAAAAGAGACUGAGGGUGAAUCGCCGACGGGUUUCAAGCGCGAUUUUCUACGUUUUUUGGGAGAGUACGACGGUCGAAUGGAUAAUUGGAAAACGAUUGUUUCUCGUGCUGAUUGUUCCUCGAUAAACGUAGCUUUCGUUGCUUCGGUUCCCGGAAAUUUCGAGGUCGAUGAUACGCGAUGGGGCCACCAGAAGCUCGGUGCACUUUUGCGGAAUCAUGCGAAAGUUCCGGAGAGCGAGACUCGAACGGCUGUCAUCGCUCAGGCUUCCAGCAUCGGAUCACUCGGUCCGAAUUACCACAGUUGGAUCGGCACACAAAUCGUUGCGGCGAUGGUCAAAACUCAGGGUCAAAAUAAAAACGUACCGGACUUUAAAUUCAUUUUUCCAACUAUUGAAAAUUUUAAAAACAGCCACGAUAUGAGAGAACUUUCUAAUUGCCUGUGCAAUUCUCAACAAAAGAAACAAGAGUGGAUCGUUCCGUAUAUGCAUAAAUGGCAAGCAGAGAAAACGUCUCGAACUCGUGCAAUACCGCACAUAAAAACGUUUACGAGGAUUUCUGAGGACAACAAGCGGAUAUGGUGGUUUGUUCUGGGAUCGGCGAAUCUUAGUAAGGCUGCUUGGGGACAACGGUAUCAAGCGAAAUAUCGAAUUCUUAGCUACGAGGCUGGUGUCGUGUUUAUUCCUAAAUUUGUGACUGGGGAGGAAGAUUUUUCAACUUGCGACGACCCUACAAGAUCAUCGCCAACUUUUCCUAUGCCGUAUGAUUUGCCGCUUACUCCUUAUUCCUCCACAGACAGGCCGUUUGUCGAUGAUUUUUUUCGCGAUAAUUAUCAAAGUUAAUGUACACAUUUUUAUCCUUAUUUAUUCAUCAUCGAGAAAAUAAUUGUGGGAAUGCGUUAUUUUUAUAUCCUUUUCGUAAGAUUUUGUUGGGAAUAUUCUACAUUCUCAGCACCGGGGAGCAAAUGCGACGUGAAAAAAUGAAUGUACAAGAGAAAAAUGUCAUUUUGGUAUAAAAAUUAAAAAUGAUGCUGCUGAAUAAUAAUGCUCAAAAAUUCCACAAAA